AUGCAUUCCUCAACUCACCAGACGCCUGCUUCGGUGGAAGCAUUGCUAAACGGCCGUGCGCUACAACCCCCGAAUGGCGUUGUACCUAACUUCACGGACCCGCGGAGCCUAACCCAAGUGAUGCUUGCUGUUGAAUUAUUAUUCUUGUUAUUCACUACAAUAGCAGUAUUGGUGCGUUUAUACACCAAAUUAGUUAUCAACCGCAAAGGGAAUUUGGAGGAUUUGCUUUGCACUAUUUCUUGGGGCUUGUUCGUCGCUCUUUUCGUGCUCAUUCGAUGGGGUGGUGUGGUCGGUGCCGGGAGACAUCAAUGGGAUGUGCAACUCAAAGACUUGAAACAUUUCCUCUACGGCCUCCAUAUCAUCUCCAUUUUGAAUGGUUGUAUCGUGCUUACGAUCAAAGCAUCUAUUCUUCUUCAGUAUGUAACUAUAUUCUCGAUUGGAGAGCGUAAAUGGUUCUUCUGGACCUGCCAUACGUUUAUCUGGUUAAAUGUUGUGUUUUACACCACUUGCUUCUUCAUGGAGAUCUUUUCCUGCAAGCCAAUAGCAAAAGCAUGGGAUCCUUUCAUCACCACUGGCUCAUGCCCCAUCAAAGUCAAAUAUCUGAACAUUGCAGCUUCAUCAAUCAAUGUGAUAUCGGAUCUGGCGAUCCUCUUACUGCCACAAGGAAUUAUAUGGAAACUUAAAAUGAAUGCUUCAAAGCGCUUGGGUGUUUCACUAAUUUUCGCUACUGCGCUUCUUGCCUGCGUUUUUGCUUCAGUGCGUCUCUAUUACGGCGUGGUUCUCUACUAUAGUGACGAUAUCACUUAUUAUACCAGCAUAUUUGCCAUACAUAUGUGCGCCGAGCUUGGGCUAGCUAUUAUUGUUAGCUGUCUACCCGCAUUCCCAAAAUUCAUCAGAACGGUCAACCAAACUGCAAUUUUCUCGAAAAUCAGCACCUCCCUAUUUACACUACUUGGUGUUGGUAAGGAACAAAGUACCGACAAGGAGACAUCCCACCAUGCGCAGAGACAGAUCGGUUCUGGGAGAAAGCUCCGACAAGAUACUUUCCAGCGAUUAGUAGAACAGCACGAAUUACAAUCGGCCUUCAGAGAAGAGAAUAAAGGAACUGUGACAUCAAGAGUAGAAGCAUGUUGA